UCUGACUCACACAUACCUGAGCCCCCUCUCAAAGCGUCUCGCGCCCCCUCCGCCACCAACGCAGACGCCCUUUCACCGUGGUACGCUCAACAGCGGAGUUGGAAAUCGCCCAGCCGAGUUGUCCGGACGCCAUGGACUUUUGGAAUUAGAAAAAACAGAAACAAGCGAAAUGCUGCUGUCGUUAGCCACUUUGGCCGUCGCGUUGCCCGGCGUGUACAGCGCGGGCCUCCACCUCCGGAACCCGUGCGGCGAGAAGAGCUGCUCACGAUACGAGUAUUGUUCGGACCUCUACUGCCAGAACUGCGAGCCAGUGUGCACCGUGGGCGAGCGCAAUUUCGACAGCGUCAUAUGCGAGAAGGAGUGCCAAGAGUACAUACACGACAAGAUCAAGGGAUACCAGACGGUCGAGGACGUCGCGAACAACACCAAGCAACUGCAAGGUUAUGUGAGGGAUAAGAUCAAAGAGUACCUGUCUGAGGCGGACUCGCUCAAGGCGACCAAAGACCUCCAGGAGACGAUAGAAUGGCUCCGCCAGCUAGUCGCCGCCUCCUUGAUCCUCAGCCUCAUGGUCGUCGUAGUUGUCGUUGCUGCACUCGGUUUCCUGUGGCUCAGAUACAGGCGUAAAAAGGCGGAGCAGAACAAAGAAAUUGACCUCAUGGACACAAAGAUACAGACAGUUUCUGGCAUGAUGAACAACAACUGCAAGGAGAAACUGGCAAAGUUGGACAUGUCGUCGAUAGGUUCGAACACGGCGGCUCCUUCUGUCGUGACCGGUGUGACGACGACGACCCCAAUCUCGACCCGGCACCCGUGCGAGGACGCGACACUAGAGUACGCCUACGACAACCAGGGGAUGACUCCGAGUCCGAUCCUACAGGAGCAAAGGAACGAGACAACUUUCUAAACUUCAUUCAACAUUAAAAAAAAAAAAUUGGAUGGGGGUGGCUUUUUUGGAUGUUUCCGCCCCGCCGGUCAGGGCCAGGCGGGCGGCAGCUCUCGACAGCAAGAACAACAAAAAGAGCGCGCUUUGGUUCCGCUUGGCCUCAUCGGCAUUUUUGGUCUUGUCGGAGGGAAAAAUUUGUAAUUUUAAAUCAAAAUUAUCCACUAAAAAAUAACCGAAAAUCUUUUUUGGAUAGGGUGGCUUUUUUGGAUGUUUCGGCGCCGCCGGUAAGGGCCAGGCGGACGGCAGCGCUCGACAACAAGAACAACAAAAGAGCGCGCUUUGAGUCCGCUUGACCCCACCGGCUUUUUGGUCUUGUUGAAGGGAAAAAGUUGUAAUUUUAAGACAAAAUUAUCCACAAAAAAGGCGCAUCGUGAAUCCGUCCAUUUGGAACGCGUCUUUCAUGUAUAUAAAAAAAUUAGUUUUAGUCAUUAGUUUAAUUUUUGACACAAACAAAGAAAACCUUAAUCAAAAUGUCAACUGCUCAAAAAUUACAAAAAAAAGUAAAAUUUAUUAAUUUGUUUUUGUCAGUAUUAGAGGAUAUCAGCCGUUAUUUUCUUUACAUUUAUAUUUAUUUAUAAGUUUAUUUGCUUUUAGUUGAAAAGUUCAAAUCAAAAUGGUAAUGUACAAAAACUUUUUAGGAUAAGAAUUUCACACGAUUUCGCUUUGUUACAAUUAUAAGAGACUAAUUUUAUACACUUUAUAAUUUAGGUAUGUAAGAUGAUUUGGAUUUCAGGAGCAUUCCAUAUCUGGAAUUGGAGGAGUCAUUUUUGUAUAAGGACUUAAAGUGCUCUUGUUAUCAGGGGUUUCAGUAUCAACAUAUUAGGACAAUUUAUCAGUCAGGACAUGUGUAAUCAGAGUUUCAGGAGGCUAUAUGUAUCUCGAUUGUAGGAGUUCUUGUGAUCAGAGACUCAUGUUAUAAAAGCUUUUGGUAUUAGAAUGUCAGGAUCUUUUGUGAUCAGGAUUCCAGCAGCUUUCAGUACUAAAUUUCAGUAGUAAAAUUUCAGAAGCUCGAAGUGUUUCAGGAUUAUAGGAGCUCAAGUUAUCAUGAGCUCUGAGUAUCAAAGUGUCAACACCUUCAGAAGCUUUUUUUUUAUAGUAUCGCAGGAACUUUUGCGAUUAGUAGCUUGUGUUAUCCUAAGCGUCAGAAUUUCAGGAGUUCAUAUUAUCAGGACCUUCAAGGUUUUAAGAGCGAUCAGUAUCAUGAGCUUUGGUGAUCAGGAUUUUGUAACGUUUAGUUUCUGGGUUAAAGGUUUUCAAUAUUAGCAUUUCUGGACCAAUUGUGAUCAAAGAUUUCAGGAGCAAAAGAAUUACAGGAACUCCAGAGUUAUUAAGAAGUUUUGUGAUCUAGAAUUCAGAAGCUCAUGUUAUCAGGAGCUUCUGGGCUUCAUGAGCUUUCAGUCUCAGCGGCUCUUGUUAACAGUACCUUAAGGAAGUCUUGUGAUCAUGUUUUCAGGGUCAGAUGUUAUCAAGAGCUUUCUGUCUCAGCAGCUUAGGAGCUCAUUUUAUCAGGAGCUUCAGGGUUUCAUAAGCCUUCUAUAUCAAUAUGUAAAAGUUUCAGUAGCUUUCAUUAUCAGAAUUAAAGUUUUUGGUAUUAAUUGUUUUACCAGACGAUAAAAAAAAGGAUAUUGAUAUACUUCAACAAUUUAGCUUUUAGUGCGCAUAUCGUCAUCCAAGUAAAAUUUAGGUUUAUUUGUUGAUAAAAAAAUUAAAUAAAAAAAAAUUAUAAGUUUGUUAAUUUGUUCAAAGCUUAGGUGGUGGUAUCACAACAAUUCCAUACUGCACAUUCCCAAAUUUUAGGUUAGUUUAUUUCUUAUGAAAUAUAAAUUAUUAUUAUUAUUAUUAUUUAGAAAUAAGAAGAGAGAAAUAAAAGAGGGCUGGGUUUGUUUUAAUUUUGUGUGUUUGUACAUAGGCUCAAAUAAGAAAACCGUCCAUUUAACAUGAGCCAGCCUUCUAUAAAAAAAAUUUUUGUGCAAUAUUUAUUGUUUUUAAACUGUAGGCUAAUUUUUGUUAAUAAUUAAUGCGAAAUGCAGAAAAAUAAUAAAAGACCCUUUAUCAGAGUCCGUCCAUUGUCUGUUUAUAGUUAGAUGUGUAAGUGUUUUAUAAUAAAUUAAAAAAAUACAAGGCGAAACUGACCGUCUUGUGUGUAUCCAACGCAAUAUUAGUAUUUUAAGUGUGUUGUACAGAUUUAAUUUUGUAUUAGAGUAUUGAAGUAAUGUAGAAAAAACAAAAUGUCUUGAUAUUAGCCUGUAAGUUAGUUGUCGCAUUCGAUGCAUCACGACUUGUGAUAUCACCGUUAGUUCUUUCACACUUCUGUGUAACUUGCCGUCCUGCUGGCAUAAAUGUACUUAACUAAAGAUACUUUUAUAACUGAAAUUAUAAAAUUAAAAAGGAAAAAUAUAUGAAAUUAUAUUGCAAAAUUA